CAUACUACAGAGCAGUGUAACAGUUUAAAAUCCAAACUGGAAAGUUUAGCUCAGAAAGGAAUGCUGAAUGAGUAUGUACAGCGAGCUGAACAACCGAGGUUUGUCAGAGAACAGAGGCCGCAGCCUCAAGGAGUCCACAAUCCCCCAAAUAGGCAAGGUGUGGGUUAUCAACAAACCCCACCCCCACUCCCACCACCAGCUAGAAUCAUACAUAUGAUUACGGGAGGCCUUGAAGCAGGUGGACUGAGCUCUAAGCAGCAAAAGCUGUAUGUUAUGGAGGUUAAACAUCAAAAUCGAGCUCAGAAGCGGAAGAUUGACGAUGCUGAAUGGAAGAAUCAACCAAUUACUUUCACAUCUGCUGAUCUAGGUACAGUUGUUACACCCCACAACGAUCCUUUGGUCACUUCUGUCAUGAUUAACAACUGUGAAGUACAGCGUGUCCUUGUUGACACCGGGAGUGCACCAGACAUCAUGUAUUUCCACUGUUUCGAGAGUCUGGGACUAGAUCCCGCAUUGUUGCAGAAGCAUGAUGGUCCUAUCUAUGGUUUCAACAACCAACCUGUUCCAGUAGAAGGAGUCCUUACCCUCCAUGUGGCUUUUGGGAGUGGUCGGACCUAUGUAGCCCCUUCAAUCCGGUUCCUCGUCGUCAAGAUGGCCUCUUCUUUCAACAUUGUUAUUGGCCGACCCACAUUGACUAACAUCCGAGCCGUGGUUUCCCAAUCUCAUCUUUGCAUGAAAUUCCCCACUCCUAUGGGAAUAGCAACACUGCGAGGAAAUCAGGAGGUGGACAGACACUGUUAUAUCACCUCGGUAACCCAACCAACGAAGGGUAAAGAUAAGACACCCGAAGUUAUUCCCCAGCGAAUUCCCGAUAAUCAGCAGGUUAUGGGUGUUGAGAUCGUAGAUAAUCGACCAGAAGAUGAAACUAGAGCUGCUCCAGUAGAAGAUGUUGAAGAAGUGCUCGUUGAUGACAAAGAUCCGAGCCGAAAGACGCAGAUCGGAACUAGAUUGAACCCGGAGGAGAGAGCAGAACUGAUAGCUUUUCUCCGAGCUAACAAUGAUGUAUUUGCAUGGACUUCGGCCGAUAUGCCAGGAAUUCCAACUUCAGUUUGUCAACAUAAGCUCAGUACUAACCCAUUAAAGAAGCCAGUGGCCCAGAAGCGGCGUCUCUUCGGGGGGGAGAGGCUACAGGCUAUUAAAGAAGAAGUAGAGAAACUCCUACACGCUGGUUUUGUCCAGAAGGUUGAUUACUGUGAAUGGGUGGCUAACCCAGUCCUAGUAAAGAAGGCCAAUGGCAAAUGGCGAAUGUGUAUUGAUUACACAAAUCUUAACAACGCCUGCCCCAAGGAUUGCUAUCCAAUACCGAGCAUUGACAAACUAGUUGAAGCGGCUUCAGGCAAUGAGAGGUUAAGCCUCUUGGACGCAUACUCGGGGUGCUACUUAUCAGAAAAUGGUGACCAUUGUCUUCCACGCUCAGAUUGGCAAAAAUCUGGAAGUGUAUGUCGAUGACAUUGUGGUAAAGAGCCUCAAAGCAGAAGACCAU